UGACAUCAUAUCCUUAUUAUUAACCAUAAAAAUCAUAAAAUAUGAACGAUUUUGAAGACGCGACAAAACAGUUAUCAAUUCCACCGGAUUUCGUGCCUUAUAUGGAAAAACACAGAUUAUACGAAUUCUUUUAUGAAUUAGGAACACAAUUACUGAUUCAACAACCAGAAGACCCAAUAGUAUUUAUAAAACAAAGUGUCCAACACAUUAUACAAAAACGAGACAUUCCUAGAAUUAUUCUUAUAGCUCCUUCGAACUUCGAUAAAAUGACUCUUGCAAAAAUUCUUCAAAAAGAAACUGGGAUUUGUCCUAUUACGUUAGAAGAUCUUUAUGCUUCAUCUCCUACUGAAAACACUUGUCAUUGUUAUAAUGCUAAUGAAGUCGCAGAGAGAAUGAAGAAAAUAUUAAUGUCGGGAAUACUUCAUGAAUCUGGAUGGAUAUUAGUUGAUAUACCGAGGAAUAAAAAGGAAGCACGUGCAAUGCAGCAUAUCGGUAUAAUACCAACACACGUGAUACAAAUUUUGUCAUCCAAUGUAGAAGACGAGACUCGAAAAAAAAAAGAUGCGAGACAAUGCGAUUAUAGGAGACAUCUUCGAGAUCUACGUGUCGUUUAUGCUAAUCUUUUAAUUGAGGUUGAAGCUGGUACUAAGACGAUUCAAGAGCUAGGCAAAGAUUGCGCGGCAUUAAUGAAAAUUAGAAAACACUAUGGAGCUCCAUCACUCUUUCGCAUUGUUCUCAUAGGUCCUCGAGGAUCAAAUCAUCUUUCUUUGGCAAAACAUUUAUCUAAAAGAUUUAAUCUCGUUCAUGUUGAAUUUAAUAAUAUCUUGGAUAAAGCAUGUUUGCGAGAGACGGCUUUAGGUGAAAUGCUGCGAAUGUGCAACCACAGAUGCGCACAGAAAGUAAAAUCGGAAACGCGAAUACAAAUUAUUGAGCGAUAUGUACUUGGGUCUGAUUGUCUCAAGAAAGGAUGGAUUUUGACAAGUUACCCUAAAACUGUGGAGGAGUUCAAGCUUCUAGAUAUGAUAUCUACGCCACCUAAUAGAGUCAUCGUCCUCAAAAUAGAUGUACAAACAUGUAGAGAAAGACUCUUAAAUCGUCAAUGCAAUUUUACUACUAAAAGCGAGCAUAAAUUUUCAUCCUGCGAAUCUUUGAUGACAGAUCCUGACUAUAAAUUAGAUGUUUAUUCCAAUAAUUAUAAAGACACCAUCAAACAAGAUCUUCGGGAAUACGAAGAAAAUAUAGAUGCCAUAAUGCAAUACGCGGGGAAAACUGUAUCCAUAAUAGAUGCGACAGGUGAAAGAAAGUGUGUGAAGGAAAGACUGGAGGCGUGUCUGAUGCAUGCAACACCAUCUGCGAAACCCAGGAUUCCUUAUCCACCUCCUACAAUUGAUCCAAUGGACAUAGAAUUCGAUCCGAAUGACGAACCCGAUUUAAGCAUCUUCGAUGACAUACGCGUUCCGGAGCCCAAAUAUUCUUUCAUUUAA